CUAUAUAUUUGAAGUUUGUGGUGGAUUGUUGGCUGCCAUCUUGGACCUCGGUCGUUUGAGAAGCCGGCCGCCCGCAAAAAUCUUUGAGUUUCACGCGUUCGCGCGGCCUCACGUAUUCCCUAAGCAGGUUGCGUGGUUUCACGACGAAUUUAGAGAUCUGCUGCGGUCAAACUAAUCAAGAUUCGGGUCCGGAAUGUAUUAGGUGUAUAUUUGUCCUCGCGCAUUUAUAACUGGGUGAGUGGAAGAGAUAAAUUAACUAGCUUUUGUAAUUUUUCAAUAGACAACAGUGAAAAAAUAGCAAUCCACAAAAUAAAUAGUAGUAGUGAUAUAUCAGAAAAAAUGGCACUACCCAGUAGAGCGCGAGUCUACACAGAUGUGAAUUCACACAAAUCCAGAGAUUACUGGGACUAUGAAUCCUAUGUUGUCGACUGGGGACAACAAGAUGAUUAUCAACUAGUAAGAAAAUUAGGCAGAGGAAAAUAUAGUGAAGUAUUUGAAGCCAUAAAUAUUACAAAUAAUGAAAAAUGUGUUGUAAAAAUUUUAAAGCCUGUAAAAAAGAAGAAAAUAAAAAGGGAGAUUAAAAUCUUAGAAAACCUCAAAGGUGGGACCAACAUAAUUACACUCCAAGCUGUUGUCAAAGAUCCGGUGUCAAGGACGCCAGCACUGAUAUUUGAACAUGUGAACAACACAGAUUUCAAGCAAUUAUACCAGACGCUAACAGACUACGACAUAAGAUACUACCUCUACGAAUUAUUAAAAGCAUUGGAUUAUUGCCAUAGUAUGGGAAUAAUGCAUAGGGACGUCAAACCGCACAAUGUUAUGAUAGAUCAUGAAAAUCGGAAGUUACGGUUAAUUGAUUGGGGUCUAGCAGAGUUUUACCAUCCAGGUCAAGAAUACAAUGUACGAGUAGCUUCGCGUUAUUUUAAAGGUCCAGAAUUACUUGUAGAUUAUCAGAUGUAUGAUUAUUCAUUAGAUAUGUGGUCCCUUGGAUGCAUGCUUGCAAGUAUGAUAUUCAGGAAAGAACCGUUUUUUCAUGGACACGAUAAUUAUGACCAACUAGUGAGAAUUGCAAAAGUUCUCGGGACUGAGGAAUUAUUUGAAUAUCUUGAAAAGUACCAUAUUGAAUUGGAUCCUCGUUUCAAUGAUAUUUUAGGUCGACAUUCACGUAAACGUUGGGAACGUUUUAUGCAUUCAGAGAAUCAACAUUUGGUAUCGCACGAAAGCCUUGAUUUCCUUGACAAACUUUUGCGUUAUGAUCAUUACGAAAGACUUACUGCACGCGAAGCUAUGGAACAUCCUUAUUUUUAUCCAAUAGUAAAAGAUCAAGGUCGAUUAAACAUGGUAUCAUCGUCACCUACUCCCAUAACAGGUUCGUUGCCUGUAGGUGAGUAACGGCCCAGGUAAUGUCACCACCUCAAUUUCCAAUUUAUAAUUAUUUAACCAUAUCAUUCACGUAUUGUUGAAUCGACCAUGAGAAUCCCGUGAAUAUUCAUUCGCAUCUACGAAUAUGAUGCGUAUCAAUUGAACAUCCAUGAAGUUUGUAUUGAUUCGAAUUCACAACUUCUAUUUUACGAUAUUUAUAAAAACAAAGAAUGAGAAAGAAUGCCGGGAAUAUGAACACGUCGUGUUUGUAUUGUAAUGUACGAAUACACGCAGUUCUGUUGGCAUUCAAUUGUUGACAUCGUCCGGCACUGUAGAAUUUGACUAAUUCGCAAUGAUAAACACUGUUCUUGUAAAGUGUUCAAACGUUGAGCGUGGAAACACAUUUAUGUUGAAACAAAUCCUUGCUAUUAAGUACGGAAAUUUUUCCCAUUGCGAAUUAGUUAAAGUAAACAACUGUGUUACGCUUUACGCAAAGUCAUUCCAGGCAUCUAAAUAACCAGAGCAAGAUGUACUACAUUGUGGCCAGAAUACAAACAUCCAUUAGUAAUACUUCUUUGAUCUAAAAUUUCAGGUGUAUGGAAUGACCAAUGCGACUUAUAGUCAUAUUAUAAAGAAAACAUACGAAAUAGAAUAAUGUCGACCGUUAAUAAUGCAAAACGAUCUUUUUUGCAAGUAAUAUAUGUUUUAUUUUUCGCGGUACAUUAUAUUUCAGAAUUUCAAAUAUUCUUGACUACUGAUUUUUUUUAUCUUCUUUCUGUUUCUUGAAAUAAGAAGAUCGUUUCAAAUGGUCGUAAUGUGACUAAAGAUGCGACUAAACAAAUGUUUGAUUUGAAAUAUUUAAAUGAUUCAAGUCUAUGUCGUUUAGUAUCGAUUAAUGUAUGAUUAGAAUGAAGCGUAUAAAAUGCUGAUUUUUCUUAUAUUGUCGCAUCAGAAGAUCGGUUAUAGUGAUACCUCGCCGAUUAUGCGAUGAAUGCAUUUUUCCCUCAACAUUAAUGAUGGGAAAAAGUCGCACGCACUAGAAAUAAUACCUGGAAGAAAAUGUUUGAUUCCUCCUUGACAAACAAUAAAUAUUAUAGAAAUUUAUUUAUUUAGAUUCGGAUCUGACUAGCUUUAUAUAAUAGUCUCCAAAACCGUAAAUACAUUGGAACAGAAUAAUCGAUACAUAGAACGUUCAGCAAAUAACAAAUGAAAUGUGCAAUCGUAAUGAUAGUUUCGAGAAAGAGUGUGUCAGAUAUACACUAUUUUCAAAAUCUGUCGAUGAUUAGUAACUAAUAACAGAUACGUAUGUAGUAUGUUUUCUAUAAAUAAGUCGAUCCGUAUUAAACGACAACUGGACUUGAAUUGCUCAGUCAUUUCAAAACAGGCAUCUUUUUAGUCAGUAUGCGUAUUUAUAAGGAGCGUGCGAAGAAUCAAACAUUUUCAUUUAGGUAUCGAUACUUCGCGCGAGGGGCUUAAUCCCAUCCCUAAGCGUGACUGUGAGCAGCGUACCGGUUCGUGGAAUAAACCGACUGAAAAAUGUGGCAGGACAAGUUGGAAAUGGGACUCAGAAAACGAUGAAGUAUUCAUCACAUCCGUUUCAUCCAUAACACAUGGUUUACGACUUUUGGUUAGUUACAAACUAAAACCUUUCAUUCCACCCAAACUUGCAAAAUUAAGAAGAAGAAAAGUAUUUUGUAUGAUGGCGGACCACUCUUUAUGUAAAUGGCAAUUAUAUGUUGACGUGGUGUAUAAAGUUCUACAUUUUAGA